CCUCUCGGUGAGCGCGCCAACUCCAAACGUUUCCACGUGAUGACGUGAACAGACGCUGGUCUUGCUUUGAGUUUCAGCGCGUUUACAGUACAGGAAAGGUAGUUUAAUCCUGUUUGGUGAUGGAAACCGUGGCCGGUGUCAGUUUAAUGAUCAUGUAUGAAGAUGAGUCGGUAGAUGUUCGCUACUUAAACGGAUCCCGGUUACAGCUGUCGCCGUGCGGCUGCGAAUUCCUGCUGGUGAAAGCCACACACCCCUCCGGCCAUCCUCUGCAGCCCAGUGAGAGUGUCCGACAGAGGACGAGGUUCACCAUCAGCACGUACAAGGAGUUGAUGGUAGCUGCAUUGGCCUUUAGGAAUAAAUAUGCAAGCCGACCAUAUCUACCAGAGGAACUCAUCCCUGCUGAACAUAAGAAGCCUUUCUUCAGCAUCAACUCUGACGUGCAGUGGCCUGAGUGGUCUUCCAGUGAGGCUGAGCUCGGGCCUGGAGGCGAGACCAUUGUCAGGUCAGAGGAAGGUCGAGCUGCGCUGAUGCUGUCGCCCUCGGGUGAAGAAUUCACAGUCAAGUUCACGUGCAGCCUCAGUCAGAUGCAGAAUCGGCACCAGUCUUUCAGCAGAGAUCCUGAUGGUACGCCAGGCAGUCAGCAGCAAGUUGGCAGUCUGAUCCAUCAGACCACCAAUAACAAGAUCAAAGAGGCUCAUCAGGGGAGAGGAAGCAGAAGGAAUGAGUCAGUUAGAUCAAGGUCUUGCUCUCCUCGGUUUUCCAGCACUUCUCAGCCAAAGCCAGGGGAGAUGUACCAAUCCACCACAGUGGUCCAGCAUCACUCCUGCAGUGCUUAUGCUCCCAUGUGGUCCUACCCUCUCUGCUUGGCUCAUCAUCACUGGACGACUCGUCUCUCUAAAUCUAAAGAUGUCGGGGCAGAGGGAGCCGGCGAUUCUGCCCAGGCAGAGAGGAAAUUAAAUAUGUCUGACACAUCUAGUGAACAGAGAAGGUCUCACUUACCUCUGGCGCUGCCCCUCACAUGUCCUUCACCUCACAGGCACAGGUGGAAGAUUAAAGACCCCCUGGCUGAAAAAGAACAGUUAGAUCAAGACCUUCCUACAGAGCUGGUGAGAGUGAUGUGGUGUCAGGGAGUCACCUACAGGAUAUUGAGUGGAGCUGUCUCAGUCAUAGAGGUUUCCCCAGGAGAUGGAUCAGUGAUCCGGUCUAACGGUGUCCUUAACACUUACUUUACCCAUCACCAACCUGAGCUCCAGUCUGGGCAGGUGAAAGAGGUAUUAUACCACCUGAAUAACCUUCCACCGGAUGUACUCGGACAGGCCUACUCUAUACGCUCUAUUGUGAGUCGUGCGAGCAGGAUCCUCACUUGCUACGACCAGGCCAAGCAAUCGCUGAAGCUUCCUGCCACACCCAGCUGCUUGCAAGAGGCCAAAAAAGGUAGACAUUUUUCUAAUCCACUGGUGCUUGAAGAACAUCUGUCCAGUCCUAUACCUGUUGAGCAUCACAUGAAUGUGACACAGACAGUAGAAAGUCGGUCAGAUCUCGUUGCUGCAGAGCUGGAGAAGAUAAAACGGUUCAAUUUUCUUCUGGAGAACAGCCGCCUGCAGAUAAGUAUGAAAGGAUGUGCGGUGUUCCAAGGUAAUUCUGGAGAAGAGGUGACUCACGAACCAGUGAAUGAGGCCUGCGUUGCUGAAGCUCUUCAGAGGACAUCCAAAGCCAUACAGGACAUUGAUGCUCUCGUAUCUGCAACCACACUGACUUGAGAGAGUGAGAGAAAAGUAGAAAAAAAUCCUGCAUAUAAACUUCACUGUCAAAAUGUAAAUCAAUUUACCCAUUAUGUACAGAUUCUCAAAUAAAAACUUG